AUGCCCGACUUCAGCAUCGGCCCUGGCGAGCGCCACAACAACGGAGGCACCAAAGUCUUCCCGGAGCGCACGAGCAGCAGCGGGGACCUGGGCUUUCUGCCCCUGGACUGUGCCCCCAGCAACUCCGACUUCUUCCUCAACUGGGGCUAUACCUAUCGCGGGGUGAUCUUCCCCACUCUCCGCAACUCCUUCAAGUCUCGGGACCUGGAGCGCCUUUACCAGCGCUACUUCUUGGGCCAGCGGCGCAAAUCUGAGGUGGUCAUGAACAUCCUGGACGUGCUGACCAAGCUGACCCUUCUGUUCCUCCACUUGACCCUGGCCUCUGCUCCCAUGGACCCUAUUAAGGGCAUCCUCUUGGGCUUCUUCACCGGCAUCGAGGUGGUGAUCUGUGCCUUAGUGGUGGUCAGGAAGGACACGACCUCGUACACCUACCUGCAGUACAGCGGUGUGGUCACUUGGGUGGCCAUGGCCACGCAGAUCCUGGCAGCCGGCCUGGGCUGUGGCCUCCUUGGGGACGGCAUUGGCUAUGUGCUCUUCACGCUUUUUGCAACCUACAGCAUGCUCCCGCUGCCACUCACCUGGGCCAUCCUGGCUGGGCUGGUCACCUCUGUCCUGCAGCUCGUCAUGCAGCUGGUUAUCCCCAGGUUGGCCGUGACUUCCCUCAACCAGAUAGCGGCUCAGGCAGUGUUAUUUAUGUGUAUGAACACCGCAGGAAUCUUCAUUAGCUACCUAUCAGACAGAGCACAACGUCAAGCCUUCCUGGAGACCAGAAGAUGUGUAGAAGCCAGACUGAGACUAGAGACAGAAAAUCAGCGACAGGAACGGCUGGUGCUCUCUGUCUUACCACGGUUUGUAGUCCUGGAAAUGAUAAAUGAUAUGACCAAUGUAGAAGAUGAACAUUUGCAACACCAGUUUCAUAAGAUCUACAUUCAUCGUUAUGAGAAUGUCAGCAUUCUUUUUGCAGAUGUUAAAGGAUUCACCAACCUCUCCACAACUCUGUCAGCCCAGGAGUUGGUCCGAAUGCUGAAUGAACUCUUUGCCAGAUUUGAUCGACUAGCACAUGAACAUCAUUGUCUCAGAAUAAAGAUCCUGGGGGACUGUUACUACUGUGUGUCGGGGCUCCCAGAACCUCGCCAGGACCAUGCACACUGCUGUGUUGAAAUGGGGCUCAGCAUGAUCAAAACUAUCAGAUAUGUUAGAUCAAGAACGAAGCAUGACAUUGACAUGAGAAUAGGGAUACAUUCGGGAUCGGUUCUGUGUGGAGUGCUGGGCCUGCGAAAGUGGCAGUUUGAUGUCUGGUCAUGGGACGUGGAUAUCGCAAACAAACUCGAGUCAGGUGGAAUUCCUGGGAGAAUUCACAUCUCCAAAGCCACUCUGGACUGCCUGAAUGGGGAUUAUAAAGUUGAAGAAGGGCAUGGCAAAGAGCGUAAUGAAUUCUUGAGGAAACAUAACAUUGAGACUUAUUUAAUUAAACAACCUGAGGAGAGUCUAUUGGCUUUGCCUGAAGAUAUUGUGAAAGAGGCUGUUAGCUCCUCCGACAGGAGAAACAGCGGAGCAACGUUUACCGAAGGAUCCUGGAGCCCUGAACUUCCAUUUGAUAACAUAGUGGGAAAACAGAACACUCUGGCUGCCCUAACAAGAAAUUCAAUAAAUCUGCUUCCAAACCAUCUUGCACAAGCUUUGCAUGUCCAGUCUGGGCCUGAGGAAAUUAACAAGCGAAUAGAGCACACCAUCGACUUACGGAGUGGCGAUAAAUUGAGAAGAGAGCAUAUCAAGCCUUUUUCACUGAUGUUUAAAGACUCCAGCCUGGAGCAUAAGUAUUCUCAAAUGCGGGACGAAGUAUUCAAAUCAAACUUGGUGUGCGCAUUUAUUGUUCUUGUAUUUAUCACCGCUAUCCAAAGCUUACUUCCUUCUUCCAGGGUGAUACCAAUGGUCAUUCAGUUUUCUAUUCUGAUUAUGCUGCACUCCGCUCUUGUGCUAAUCACUACGGCAGAGGAUUACAAAUGUUUACCCUUAAUGCUCCGGAAAACUUGCUGCUGGAUUAAUGAGACCUACCUGGCCAGGAAUGUCAUUAUAUUUGCAUCCAUUCUGAUUAAUUUUCUUGGAGCCAUCAUCAAUAUUCUAUGGUGUGAUUUUGAUAAACCAGUCACCCUGAAGAACCAGACAUUCAAUUCAUCCGCAUCGUUUACGGACAUCUGUUCCUAUCCUGAGUAUUUUGUCUUCACUGGUGUGCUGGCAAUGGUGACUUGUGCGGUCUUUCUUCGUCUCAACUCUGUCCUGAAGCUGGCAGUACUUCUCAUCAUGAUUGCGAUCUAUUCUCUGCUGACUGAGACCAUUUAUGCUUCCCUUUUUCUGCAAUAUGACAACUUUAACCACAAUGGAGAGUAAGUCACAGACUUCCUGGGUACAAAGGAGGCAUCUUUACUACUGAUGGCAAUGUUCCUUUUAGCCGUAUUUUAUCACGGUCAACAGCUUGAAUACACAGCAAGGCUGGAUUUUCUGUGGCGUGUUCAAGCAAAAGAAGAAAUCAAUGAAAUGAAGGAGUUAAGGGAGCACAAUGAAAAUAUGCUGCGGAAUAUUUUACCCAGUCAUGUUGCCCGUCACUUCCUGGAGAAGGAUCGGGAUAAUGAAGAAUUAUACUCUCAGUCCUAUGAUGCUGUUGGUGUGAUGUUUGCUUCUAUUCCUGGAUUUGCUGACUUCUAUUCCCAGACCGAGAUGAAUAACCAAGGAGUAGAAUGUCUGCGCUUGCUAAAUGAAAUCAUUGCAGACUUUGAUGAGUUACUAGGUGAAGAGAGAUUUCAAGACAUUGAAAAAAUUAAAACCAUUGGCAGCACGUACAUGGCUGUGUCAGGAUUAUCACCUGAAAAACAGCAAUGUGAAGACAAAUGGGGGCAUUUGUGUGCUCUGGCUGACUUCUCCAUAGCUCUGAAUGAAAGCAUACAGGAGAUCAACAAGCAUUCAUUUAACAACUUUGAACUCCGUAUUGGGAUUAGCCAUGGCUCUGUGGUAGCGGGAGUUAUCGGUGCUAAGAAACCCCAAUAUGAUAUCUGGGGCAAAACGGUUAAUUUAGCAAGUCGAAUGGACAGCACAGGUGUUAGUGACAGAAUACAAGUGCCUGAAGAAACGUACCUGAUCCUGAAGGACCGAGGAUUUGCCUUCGACUACCGAGGAGAGAUUUAUGUCAAAGGUAUCAGUGAACAGGAAGGAAAAAUCAAAACAUAUUUUCUUCUAGGAAGAGUUCAACCAAAUCCUUUAAUCUUACAACCAAGAAAACUGACUGGACAGUAUUCAUUAGCAGCUGUUGUAUUAGGACUUGUACAGUCUCUUAACAGGCAAAAACAGAAGCAAAUCCUUAAUGAGAACAAUAACUCUGGAAUCAUAAAAGGACACUACAACCGGAGGACUUUGCUGACUCCCGGUGGAUCUGAGGCAGCAGCCCAGGCAGAGGGGGCUGACAAAACUGAAUUGCCAUAA